AUGGCGAUUGAAGAUGCUAAGUGGAAGUACAGUUGCUUAAUUUAUAUCAUCUCCAGACUGAAGUUCCCAUCUGACCUGGAGGAACUAAGGGAACUAGCUGACCUGCUACAGUUCUAUAAAACAGAACACAUUGGCUAUGUCUUCAUCCUCUUCUGCAGUGCCUACCUGUAUAAGCAAUCCUUUGCUAUCCCAGGCUCAUCAUUUUUGAACAUGCUGGCAGGGGCAUUGUUUGGACCAUGGCAUGGGCUCCUCAUUGCCUGCAUUUUGACCACAGUAGGUUCCACCAACUGCUACCUGCUUUCUCGCACAUUUGGCAAAUGCCACAUUGUCAGGCUCUUCCCUGAAAAGGUGGCCAUGCUGCAGAAAAAGGUGGAAGAACACAGGAAUAGUUUGUUUUUUUUCUUGCUUUUUCUACGGUUCUUUCCCAUGACACCAAACUGGUUCUUGAACAUCACAUCCCCAAUCCUCAACAUCCCCAUCCCUAUAUUCUUCUUCUCAAUCCUCAUUGGUUUAAUACCUUACAACUUGGUCUGUGUUCGGACUGGAGCCAUCUUGUCUGAGAUCCACUCUUUGGAUGACAUCUUUUCACUGGCCACUUUGCUGCAACUCUUACUGAUUGCAUGUAUGGCUCUACUUCCUGGUGUUUUAAUCCGCCACUACAGUAAAACCCAAUUAAAUCUUGAUGGCCUGGAACCCAAUGGACACCAAAUGGUUCUUAAUUAUAGCAAAACCAGAUGACCCAAAUAUAGACAGAGCAGGUGACUGUUAAUAUGGGUCUGCUGAUAGAUCUGUCUGGUGUCAUGUGUGGACGAUCAGGUUUUAAUAAAAAAAAGAGCAUGUUGGGAUUCAAAUCUGGUCUGUGCAACCUGAAUUCUUUGGAUUUCUGUCCCUCAAUAUUUAAAAUUAAGAUAAUAAUUCAAAGUAUUAGUUUUUAAAGGGUUCGUAUGACAUGGCUAAAGUGAAUAUUAUCAUUUGUUUUAGAUGUAAUGCAAUGCAUAUACACGAUUUAAGGUUAAAAACGCUGUAUUUUCAACAUUUGCAUGUUUGUAUCUCCUAUUUGCCCUGCCUCUCUGAAACGUGCAGAUUUUUAACAAAGCUCAUCGCUCUGAAAAUCAAGGUGUGCUAUGAUUGGCCAGUUAACAUGUGCAUAGUGAUUGGUCGAAUACUGCAAGCGUGUGACGGUAAUGUGAUGCCUCUUACUAUAUUUGAAACAUCAGGUUCCAAAGCAAUUGUACUGACAGGUACGCUCACCUUACUUGCGUAUACAUUUGGGCGGUCUUAGUCAACUCAUACCAUGAACUGACGUAGAAAUGUGGGGGUGUGGUUAUACGAGGCGUUUCAGGCAGGUCUGUGUGAGCAUUCGCUUUUAGAUAGAAUGCAUCUUCUGUUCCGACACUUUAAUUUUUUUCACUUUAAUCUAAUACAUGCAUGGACAACUUAUAACACACCAAAGUAAAUGUAAAAGUAAAACCACACGAAAAUACGUGUUCGCGCCAUAUGACCCCUUUAAGUGCAAAUUAAUAUAUUUUUAAUGUCUUAAAAUAUGGAAGCAUAUUGGUAGCGAUGUUCAAUUAAGAAUACAACAUGCAAUGAGGCAAUGUAAUAUGUAAAAUGACAAUGUAUUUCUACAUUUACAUUUAAAUAUCAAAAUGAACUUAAUGCAGUACACUUGUACUUACUACAAUACACUUGAUUGCGUACCUGCUACAUUUGUUGAUUUGAGGUAUUGGAAACAUGUAUGGCUGCAGAGUUGAUAAAAUCCUUAAAUAAUCACGUGCACAUGAAGUGGCAUCAAGCUCGCUGGACAACAAAACCAGUUUUAUGGGUAUGGGUAAAUAUGGGUAAAGUUCUUCAAAAUUGAGGUUUAGGCUAUAUAUCAUCUUAAAGCUGAAUGAACAAGCUUUCCAUUAAUAUAUGGUUUGUUAGGAUAGGAAAGCAGAAAUUCUUAGCUUUACAUAGACACCAAACUUGAGUGGGUAAUUCCCAAAAAUUGGUAAGCAGCGAGCGAUGUUUAUAGGCAUGUUUCCGACCAUUAUUGUCACCAAUUUUGCUGCAAUCACAAAAUUAAGGAAAUUUACAAAAUAUCUUCAUGGAACAUGAUAUUUGCUUAAUAUCCUAAUCAUUUUUGGCAUUAAAGAAAACUCGAUAAUUUUGACCCAUACAAUGUUUUGUUAGCUAUUGCCACAAAUAUUCCUGUACUACUUACCAUAAGACUGAUUUUGUGGUCCAGGGUCACAUAUGCGUUUUCAUCAUUAUUUUGAUUAUUGCCUUUAGUCAUGUGCUGCUACACCUUAUGCAAUGACGCUGUAAAGGGGAAAUGGCAUAAUCAGCAUUUUCAAAUACACAUUGAAUAUUGCAACACUGAACGCACAUGUAAAUGAAAAUGCAAUCCCAAAUGUUCAACCAGUUUGAAUGAAUAAAUGAAUAUACUAAAAUGUAUUUGAAAUACAUUUAUUUUAGC